UAAAUGUUGAUGAAGCAUGGAGCAGGUGAUGACGUAGGUCAUUAGUGUAGCAGGGGCAGAAGGAGGACCAAUCACAGCCUGGGACACAUCACACGCUCUAGCAUUUAAAAAUGGCCGCGGUGGAAAGGCUUAGAUCCUCAAUAAAGAGGGUCAACAGCUGUGGUAGGAGAAGUAGAGCAUCAACACCAGCUUCAAGCAAUGGUCAAGAUAUUAAUAUUGAUGAAGAACUUGCCAAGCUUCAACCUUCUGUGUGCCUUCUUGACUUCUACAGGCAGAAGAUUGCUACAUUUGGUGAAAGGCAACAAGAAAUGUUACAGUUACUGGAAAAAUACCAGCAAACAACAAAAUCUACAUUCCUUGAAGAGGAGCGAAGACAGCUAACAAGUGAACUUAUUGAACUUCGUUCUGCUUUAUCAGAUGUUAAUGUAUUUAUUCAUGCUGAACGUCAACAAGUUGUUCGAUUAUAUUCAGAAAAUGAAAGAUUAAAAUUGGAUAAUCUUGAAGCCGAAAAGAAAGUUGCUCUGUUACUGUCUCUGUGUGGCCUCUCAGAAGGGGAAUUGAAAGUAUUUCUGCGUGAUCCCUGCAGGACCACCAUCAUCAAGCAGAAGCUCCCGCCACACCUUAAAAAAAUUCACAUAAAGUUAAAGGAGGAUUUUCAAGAAACAGGGGAGAGUGAAGCUACAUUAGCCUUGAAAGCCUGUGUAAAGUCUCUUGAAACACAAUUAGAAGAGUCAGAUAAAACCUGGAGAAGAGAGAGAAAUGCAUUUAUUCAAGACAGAUCUCUCUUAGCUUCAGAAAGUAAAGCACAAGCAGCCAAGGAUGAAGCACACAUUAAGUUACUUACUGCCAGACUGGAAGAAGCUGAACGCCUUCUGAGUGAAACAGUUGAGGAUGCAUUAAGAAAAAGUGCUGACGUGCAGACAUUAGAAAUGACUUGGUUGGCCGAGCGAGAUCAUCUGCUGUCUGUUUUGUCAACAGUCCAAGAAAAUAUGCCAUUGGUCACUCAAAUGCAGACUAUUGGGAGAACUGGAAGCUACACUGAUCUUUCCAAGAUGAAAUCUACUUGUGAAUUAAAGGAUCUUCGACGUGAGAUUGAAUCAAUAAAGCGUGAAGCAAGUGAAGCAGAGGAAUUACGUACAAUGUAUGAAUCUCAGUGUCUGCAGCUUGAGCAGAAGAUGUGUAAACUUAGGGAACAGAAAGAAGCUGCUAUGCAAAUAUAUAAAGAGCGGAAUCAAAAACUACUCCAACAAAUAGAAAUGCUAAAGCAAGAUAAAAUUCGUUUAGAUGAACGUCGACGAACGGAUAUAAAAGGUUUUCAGGCUGAUAUUCGGCUUUUGAAAAAUGAUGUGAAAACUGUUGUCCAUCAGCUGUUUAAGAUUACGAUAACUUUGUCAGGAGCAGACAACCUACCUGUGGACAUCAGUGCUCUGAGUGAAAUGCAAGCUGUUGCAGCUCUGGUUAGGACUGUGCAAAAUGCAGUUGCUGAAACCAAGAGAAAGAUCCUGAAGCUGGAGAACGAAAUGAAUAAUCCCUCAGAUUAAACUUUUGCCUUGUGAAAACAAUGUACUGUUCUGUGAUAAAGCUGAUUUAAGUACAGUAUUAGGUUAAGUUUAAUUUUACAUGUGGUAAGUACAGUACCUGCUUUUUUUGUCAGCUAGCAAUGCCUCAACGAGCUCUGGCAAGUAUAGUUAAAUUCACAAUAAUAUUUCAGUAUUUUAGUAAUGAAAUAUUGAUGCUUCAAAAGUCAAGAAUACUGUGUACAAAAAAUAAAUAAAAAUAAAAAUAAUUAUAUCUCAUCGUUUUUAGUUCUUUGAGCUGGCAUUAUCAGUCAUCGUCUCUCAUUUUCAUUAUAAAGUAGAAAACUGCUAUACACAUACAUGAAAAUAUUUGUUCAACCUUUUUAGUUAAACAAUUAUCCAGUUGAAACAUUUGGUCUUUAACUCCAGAUUGAAAUUGAAAUUUUAGGACUUCCAGCUGUAUUUAAACUAUUUUCUACCACAUUUCUUGGAAAAACUCAAUAGCUUGAAAUAAUCGUCCAAGAUAUUAAUGAGAAAAAACUGUUUAGAACAUCCUAACUCUUCACAUACUUACACGUACACUCAGUUACUGCAGAUACAAAUAAAUAUGCACUUAAAUUGUCUUUGUCUUAUUGUAUACAAUUGCCUUAAAUUGAACGGGCAACUUACGUGAAUGCCUUUGCACAUGCAUUCAUGUAAGAUGCAAGUACUAGUCACAUCUGUGCACACACGAGUAUACAAAGCUUUCAUUCAUCCAUAUUAAUGACACCCGCAGAAUACACACUUGUGUCAGUGAUAUAUGAUUACACAUACAUGUUAGUGAAAUAUGACUUUACAUUAAUGUAAGUAAUAUGUGAUGAUAAAUGUACUCAUUAUCUACCCAGGCUUACAGUUUUAGCAUACAGUAGCAUCAUAAUGUAUUCUAAUCCAUGUAAAGGUGUUUUUAUUAUUUUUUUCCCAAUGUUUAAUUGAUAUUUUAAUCCAUACCCCUGGGCAGUGACACAUCCAGAAUCAUAAGGUAUACCAAUUAUUAAUUUACCAUCUUCAAGUUGUGAAGACCCAUUGAAAACCUUUAAAACAUAUUUUGAGUGUAUUUAUUUUGAAUUAGUCUACAAGAACAAAACAUGUCACCUUCUUGCAAUCAGAAGUUAAAAUGUGAGAGAUCAGUUUACUGUAGUGGCUCUUAAAAAGUUUAUCUGAAAAUAAAAAUAAAAAUAAGAAAAUAAUUGUGAAGGAAAAAAAGAAGCACUUAAAGAGAAAACACUCUAAAUUGGAAAAUUUACAGACAAGAAAACGUACUUAUUAGAUCUACCUUGAGGUUGGUUACCUUGAGGUGCUUCCGGGGCUUAGCGUCCUCCUGGUAAAUAAUUAUAUCUAUCUAUAUCUAGUUAGAUCUAGACGAGAUAUUAAAUAUAUCUAACUAGAUCUACUAGUUAGAUAUUAAAAAUAAAUUCUGAUUAAUGUUUUUGUGUGCAUGUAUAUACAUAUGGAGUGAUCAGGCGAAGUGUAUGAGCUUCAAAGUCAUCACUGUGAUUAUUAAUUUUAGUCGGUUUAUUACAAUGUUAUAAAUUUGAUCCUCAAAUACAGAUGGCUUCCAAUUGAUUGGUGCAAUUUUAAGAAGCUCAUUUCACAGCAAGAAUGUGAUUUGGUUAAUUACUUUUUCAGCCCCAUUUGAAAGAAAUAUAUAUUUUGCAUUAAAUGUUUUGCAAGAAUGUUUUUAAGACUAUUGUUAUGAACAAGGAUUUAAUUAGAUUGAUUUUAUAUAAUACUAUUUUUUGUAAAUAGUAAAUUUUCAGCACACUGUUACA